AUGCCUAAAUUUGCUAAGUUUUUGAAAGAAAUAUUAGCUAAUGAUAGGAAAUGUGAUGACUCAGGAAAUGUGAUUGUUAAUGAGUUGUGUUCCACCUUGAUGCAUGAAAACCUACCACCUAAACUGAAAGACCCUGGAAUUUUUACUAUUCCCUGCAUGAUUAAUGAAACAUAUUUUGAUAGGGUCUUAUGUGACUUAGGUGCUAGCGUCAAUUUAAUGCCUUCUUCAUUGUAUGAGAAAUUAGGUUUGAAAGAGGUUAAACUUUCUCCUAUAUCUCUUCAAUUAGCUGAUAGGACUUCUAGAUUCCCUAAAGGAAUAGUGGAAGAUGUGUUAGUCAAAGUUGGUGAAUUUGUUUUUCCUGUUGACUUUGUUGUAAUGGACAUGGAAGAAGACUUUGAAAUUCCUUUGAUAUUUGGUCGUCCAUUUUUAGCUACAAGUAAAGCUUUAAUAGAUGUCCCGAAGGGACAAAUGAUCAUUAAAACUGAAGAUAAGCAAGUCGUAUUUAAGAUCCUUGAUGACCCUAAUUCCACUUUUGAUGGAGGUACUUGUAUUAGAAUUGAUGCUACUAAUCCCCUGGUUGUUAAGUGUGUACAGAACGAAAAUUAUUUGAGCAAAGAAGACAUACCCAUAUCAUCCAAUGGGCCCAACUACAAGAAAAAAGGUGUUGGUGCUGAUUUGGUUGACUCUAGUCUGAAAUAG